GCUUUCUUCACGCUGUCCGAUAGCUCCAUCUCGGUUUGCUCUCCAUAUCCCCCCCUCACCUUCAAACUCCUCACGUUUCCAAACCUCAACUUUGGAUUUGCAUUCUUCCAACGCCUCUUCACCAGCUCGCCACGCCGCUUGUCGAUGAGGUGACGAGACGGCGAUUAGUAUGCUCUCUUCUGCGAUAGGUACAGGUCCGAGGCGAUGGAUCAUGGCUACCCCGCGGAGACCAUGCUUAUCGCGAACGUCCUUUGCAAUGGCCAUCAUGGACUUGAGAGCUCUGGGGUGAUAAGCUGUGUAUUGUAGUUCCUUCACUGGCUUUCCUGCAAAGUUAUCACGAGUGGUACCUGGGCUGGGUCAGUUUCGCUGUGAACAAAGACCUGUGAGGGAUAAGAACUUGCUACCUGCAAAUAGCACGAUUGCGCCAGCUGAGGGGCUGCGCACCCGGUCCAUGAUGGCCUGGGCAUUGAGAUGAUCGUGAGUCAGAGCGACAUAGCAUUUUUGUUCUGAUAGUUCCCAGAGAUCUUGAGCCUUUUCUUGAGUUGCCAUUUUCUAUUAAACAAGUGUUGGAGGAGAGAUGAGAUGAGAUAAGAAUGAGUUUAUAUUUCGGAGUUGUUCUAUCAAGAGUGGGCUUGGUUUAUGUAAGGAAGGGGGUCAGAUAGAUGUCAAGCCAUACUGUUUGUUUGAGACUAUCAUGGCCGGGAAAGGCCCAAUAGAAAUUACUAGAUAGGUACCUAUAGUAGAUAUUAGAUAGCUUGAUCUAUCUGAUUUCUGUACUUAAUCACUUUCUCCUGCUACCUUACCUAUGAUUGCCUGCUCAAGUUAUUCGCUGGUGAUGGCACUCACAUGAGCGCAUCACAUCGCGGUGACUAAGCCCCACUUCGACAUCUUAUUCCUCCCUGCCGCCGUGACUUUUUGACUUUCGUUUAGACAAUUUUCAUCAUACUUAAACCCUUCUUUUCCCAUCUCUCUCACAUCCAACCGUUUCUAAAUCCGAAAUCGCCUCGAGUUGACAAACGACGCCGCGUUAACCAAAGCUGCUGUGCGUGACGGCUACCAAAUGCGAUCCUCCGAUCGCUAGAGGGACGACUAGCAAACCAAGAUGAACAUGAGCGACGAAUUUCAAGACCGAGAUGCCGGCUACCGAUCGCGGCAGGGUAAACACACAACCCGAGCCUCAGGUAGAGAUGGGAAACUUGAGAAGGACCUUCAUGGAUGAUUUGAGCCUCAUAGCUAACUUCCCCACGGGACGGCGAGAUCAUUCCAGGUCUCCGCCCAAGCAAGCUUUCCGCAACGAUCCUCAAGAGAGAAAUUCUCGAUACCGGGAUGACGAAAGAGACCACGACUACGAUUACGACAACCGGUCUGGCCGUCACAAUGAUGGAUACUCAAGAAGAGGCGGCGCAUCUCGAGAAGCGCGCUACAACUCCCGCGACGAACAUGACUACCGAGGCAUGUAUGAUGAUGGCUACAUAGACAACAGCAACGAUCAAGGGCAACGACGCCAUGAGGACGACAAGCGGAGUGGCAGAGGACGGUACCGCGACGGCGAUGAUCCACGAUCACAGUCUCCGUCUGGAAGCUAUCAUAACCGCGGUCGCUCCGGCAGCCCAACGCGAGAUGCUGGCAAGCCUAGCGACACCGUCAUUCUUGAAGGCCUGCCUUUCAGUAUAUCGUCGAACGAGGUUGGUACCCUAUCGGUCUAAACAAAUUGUUACAAGAACCAAAUGCAGACUUCUGGGCCUGAUGGAGUCGAGCCUCACUGCUUUGGAGGACGGACAAAAGGCUGCUGUUGUCCUUUGCAUUUGUCCUCAAUUAGCCGGCACCAGCGGCGCAACAUAUUCCUUGAAACCAGUUGAUGCCAGUUCUCAAGACUAAUUCCCCCGCCUAUAGCUGCGCGACAGUAUCCUGAGCAACUCAGUUGCCGCCGAGUUCCCUUCCAUUGACGUACGCGUCUCCGCUUCCAAGGGAAAUCGCAGAGCGUUUGUGCAGUUCCAGGAAGUUGACCAUGCCGUUGCUUUUAUGAGAGAACAUUAUCCAAAGCUUCCUGUUGAGAUGACGCAUUCCACUGAUGACGUCCCAGAAGGGAGAUUCGAUGCGUACAUCCAUUACGCUCGGAAUCGAGAUGCGCGUGAUGAAGCCGAUGUUCGGGGAGUGCCCAGUGGUGACUGGAUCUGUCCUACUUGUGACUUUUCCAACUUUUCUACCCGAACCAAAUGCAAGAUUUGUGGCGGUCCACAGGCUGCCCCAGCCUGGCAAUUGAGCCUCACAGGCAUGGCAGAUGCUUCGGAUGUACCCGCACAAAUCCUUGUCGUUUACCCCUUGGCGUCGUUUGUGACUGAAGACAUGCUAGCCGAAGACAUGAAGCGACUAGAGCUUGUGAAGCCCUACCAAACCAAGGACACGUCUAAUGGAGCACCCAAACUGAAAUCCACAGCCCCGACGGGUGACACGACAGGUUACGGCGCUCGACCUGGUUCCCUUCAUCGGGUCUUCCUUAUGCGUGACUCGCACACUAACGAAUCAUUUAAAUAUGGGUUUGCCGAGUUCUGGACUUUGGAAGACGCAUCCGCCGCGAUGACAAAGUUUCACAAAUCUCGAUCAUUUACUGUUGCAGCAUGCCCAGUGACAGUAUCUAGCACUCAUAUGGGAGUUUUCUUGCCCGAACAGCGCGAGGUUACACCGGAAAUCGAGCACCUGUCGUUCAGACCCUUGCUCAACCCCAACCUUCGUGUUCGCUACCGAGACUACCAUGUGUAUCCGAGCCCACAGGUUGUUAAUGAGCAGCCUCCUGGAGGCGAAGGUGCCUCAAGAACAACCGAGGAAGAUGGCAACGAUAAGAAGUCAAAGAAGCGCAAAGCAGAGGGAAUUCUCGCUGCUUCUUCUACGAAGAAGUCUGUGCCAAUGAUGGCGGGCCAAAUGGCCAUGUGGCAGCGCAAGAGGGAUGAGCUUCGCGUCGAGAAAGAUGCUAGACCAGCACGACAGGACAAGGCUGAGUUCAGCGAUGUGAAUCGGACCCCACUUCGCAUAAACCUGUCAGGUUCAGGAGGAGACUUAUCGAAACCUCAGAGUGCUAUUAAGAUCUCACUUUCAGGGACACAGAAGCUUGGUCCUCCAGAGCAUGCGGCCCCCAGCAAGCAGGGCUCGCCUGAUGAGGCGGAUACUCCCGGCAGCACGACACAGGCGACUUCAGUCUCUGGAGAUGCACCAGUCUCUUAUGUCGAUCGUGAUCGAUUGAUGUGCCUGAUUUGCAUGCGCAAGUACAAAUCUGUGGAUGAAGUUAACAUUCAUGAAAAAUCUCGGAACCACAAGAACGCAAUGGAAAACGAAGAACAGGUCAAGGCGGCAUUGCCCAGAUUAGCAGCACGCGACAAGAGACUUCAGAAACAGGUCCAAGAGAACCCCGACUCAGCAGCUGCGACAUCGCAAUAUCGCGAUCGUGCUAAAGAGAGGCGAGCUGCCUUCAACCAGCCCACAAAGCCAACAGCCGCACCACAAGGCAAACUCAAGUCGGGCCCAAAGGCGGAAGAGGCUGCGCCCCCUCCGAAGCCCGUUCAGUCUAAGGGAGCAGGCAUGCUGGCCAAGAUGGGAUGGGCAACCGGUGCAGGUCUCGGAGCCAAUGGAGAUGGGCGAACCGAGGUCAUCGAGACAAAUGCUUACCAGGAGGGCGUUGGAUUGGGGGCAGAGGGUGGCAAUCUUGGCGACGCAGCGCAAUUUGCUGAACGCAAGACAAAGAACAGUUACGCUGAAUAUGUGAAUACGGUACAGGACAGGGCACGGGAGCGAUACAACAAGAUGGGCUGAGAUGUUGAUACAAAGGCAAUGUAAUUGUAGGUUGGGAUAUACAUAGAUAGGAAAAGGCGUUCAGAAUUUGCUGAGGAACCGAGGACGAAACUCGACAUGCCAACGACAGGCGCACAUCUUUGACUAAUGGGUAUCAUUUUUAAAUACAGCACUGGAAGAAACCAGUGUCUUGAUUCUAUGUACAUGCGCGAACUCGCUUGCAACGUCUGACGCUGGCUUUCAACUUCCACUGCCAGUCUAUUCCCAUGCUUACAAGAGAGCCCAUGUAAUGCCCGCAGCCACGAUGAGUGUCACCAUGGAAGAAGGAGACAAAUGACCGGCGGCAUUAUCGUCCUCUUCAGAACUGGAGGUGCCUGUAAACGUGUUAGUCGAGUAAAUAAAUAAGAAUGAAACGGACAAGAUAGACGACUCACCC